AUGCGGAAUGCCGACGCCGAAGGCCGCCCUAUGCUGCAUGAAACCAGAAGGCCGACAAUCCAGAGUAAAAGUCCGGAACGCGAUGCUGCCAAAGCAACCCGCAAGAAAUACCUGGUUGCAUCGGGAUUCCUCUUGCUCAGUUUGAUUAGCUUCGUGGUCCAAACAGAGACCGCUUCAUACAUUCAAAAUGAGUUGCACUGGAAGAAGCCCUAUUGCAUGCUCUAUAUGACUCACGGGUCAUGGUCCUUGCUCUGGCUGGUCCAGCUUGGUAUCCUUCGGCUACAGAAACGGAAACUCACGUGGGACGCUUUCUGGCGGCGCCACGUCUUUUUCCUUCGCACCACUGCGCAGAUGGUAGAAUCGCAAGAAUUACAUCUAAGCACUCGCUCGUCCAAUCGAUCCCCAGUCCCCUAUAUGCUGAAGACCACCGCCUUUGUAACUACUGCUCUCACAGUCGCUGGAGGAUCAUGGUACGUGGCAGUCAACAUGACCACUCCUAGCGACCUCACAGCAAUUUACAACUGCUCGGCAUUCUUUGCGUAUGCUUUUUCGAUUCCGCUAUUGAAUGAAAAGCUACGGGUCGACAAGGUCUUCUCCGUGGCCGUGGCUACCAUUGGCGUUAUGGUUGUUGCCUAUGGGGAUGGGCCUAAUAAGAAGGCCCCAAAGGGAGGCACGGAUAACACCGGGGGGCAGAACAGAUUGCUCGGAAACAUUGUUAUCGGCGUUGGAAGCAUUCUCUAUGGGCUUUACGAGGUGCUCUAUAAACGCUUUGCCUGUCCCCCCCGAAGCCUAAUCGGGAUUUUCACCCUGUUGGUACUAUGGAUCCCAUUGCCAUUUUUGCAUUGGACGGGAUGGGAGACAUUUGAAUGGCCGACUGGUGAGGCAGCAUGGAUGCUGCUCAUCUCCGUGGGUGCUAAUGCUACCUUCUCGGGCUCUUUCCUUGUGCUCAUCUCCCUUACAUCGCCCGUUCUGUCAUCGGUAGCCGCUCUCCUUACCAUUUUCCUUGUCGCUCUGGUGGACUGGUUCCGAACUGGAGAUUCACUUUCUAUGGCCUCUAUCAUCGGAGGCCUUUUGAUUACGGUGGCAUUUUUCAUGCUGAGCUACAGCACGUAUAGAGAGAUGAACGAGGAGCGAAAGAAGCAUCUCGAGAACGAUGAGCUCGAGUCUGACAGCGAUGCAUAA